AGUCAUGAUAAUGCCUGUCUUUGUCUACUUGCCUGUCUGAUACAAAGAUUUCUCAAGAAGCAACUAAAUGGUUUCGAGUUCUCUGAAACUUUCUGUAUUGUAAAACACACCUCUUUUCUUUUGUAAUUCACUCUUCACUGGUUUCCAUUUACAUUUAGUAAAGCAGAAUCGAAAUUUGAGUUAAAUGAACAAGAGUAUUUCAAUAUAACCCGAUACAGUAACUAUGGAACUGUUCAAACUAUCCUAUUUUGCACUCAACAGAAAAUACGAAAACCGAGUUUUAAAAAUGUCCUAGUAUUAUAUCAACAAGUUUUCUUUGAUUCUGAGGGUCCUCACAUGUAUGUUAUAUAUACUCUUGAAUACAUUAAUAUAUCUGAGCUUCUGUUGUGCCUAGGAAUGGUACCGAAUCAGGCAGCAGCUAUAUUCUCGUUUCUUAUGUAUAUGAUCAGUUCUUGAGCAGUUUUGUGUCUCUAGCUUCUUAAAAUAGAAAGGAACACAGUAAAGUUAAUAGUGGAAUACUGCAAUAUGAGGUCUUGUUAUUUUGAUUAGGCCUAGUUACAUUGGCAAAACAAUUUCUUAUUAUCGCUCAAUGUUUGAACAAAUUUCAUUAAUAUCACAUACUUAAUUACUGUGAAGGCAAGCCAGAUUCCAGAACAACUAUCAUUGCUGCUAAUAUGCUUAGUCUGCUUUCACUGGUACAGCCAUUCCUUGCUUUUAUUAAGGUUAAUCCAGACAUACGCGGAAAAGUGCAUAAAGGAGUAUUCUAGUCUUAAACGUAUUUCAAAAGAGCACGGCCUAAGAUAUAAAAUAAUGGAAGCAGAAAGAAGACCAAGAAGAGAUGCCUCAACUGAAAUUGCUCAAGGACAUGAAAAUUUUGUAUUUUCUAUCAGAGAGAAGAUGGAAAAGGUUUCGCAUUCGGGUUGCAUCUGCAAAAUCCCAGAUAAACUUUUCAGCCAUGAUGAAGAGAAGUACACUACCCCUACCCUAGUUUCUAUUGGUCCUUUACACCAUGGUAAAGAAAACUUGACAUUCAUGGACGGUCAAAAGUGGUACUAUAUCAACACACUUUUAAGUCGAACGCCAAACUUGGAGAAAUAUUUAGACAUAUGUGUUGAGAAGUUGAGAGAAUUAGAAUGGAAAGCACGAAAUUGCUAUGAGGAUCUCAAGCUUGAGACCAAUGAAUUUAUAGAAAUGAUGUUGCUUGAUGGUCUUUUCAUCAUAGAGCUGUUUCUCAAGUUGGCUGUCAAGAGUUUGAGACGCAGAGGCGAUAUUAUUUUCAACGCACACGAGACUUUCAUCCGUUUAAGAAGUGACUUAAUACUACUAGAAAACCAAAUACCCUUUUUCAUUCUUCGUGAACUUUUUACUCUUGUUCCAAUCCCAGAACAAUGUAGUCUAUCCCUAACUCAGCUAGCCUUGCACUUCUUCAGAUCUAUGAUUUCAGGAGAUGUACAAAUUCUUCAAAAGAAGUUUGGUCAGGAUUUCAGCCAUUUACUAGACUUGGUCCACCAGAGUUAUCUCCCAACAUAUCCUAUGGUGCAACACAGUGAAGCGGAAACUAACUUGCACUGUGCAACAAAGCUUAAGGCACUAGGAGUUGAUAUCAAGAAGUCCAAGAAUGAUAUCUUACUGAACAUUAGUUUUUUCGAUGGAGUUCUCCAAGUUCCAUAUCUUAAUAUUAAUGAUCACACUGAAAUCCUACUGAGGAAUUUCAUCGCGAUGGAGCAUUGUAACAAAAAUUGCUCAAAACAUGUUACAUCUUAUGUUUACCUCAUCAGAUACCUAAUGCAAUCUGAAGAAGAUGCCAGAUUACUACAUCGAAGGAGCAUUUUUACUGGUCUGGAGGAAGAAAAAAUUGUUAUAAUGUUCACAAGAAUGCACGUGGAGAUCGAAGUUGAAGAAUUUUACUACAAGGGUCUUUGUGAUCAAAUUGAUAAGUAUGUCAAAGCAGGAAAGCAGGAAAAGAUGUUGAUAGGUUUUGCCAGGUUUUGCAGGAAAGCAAAGGCUUUGAUCACCUAGCUCUGCUACUGCUUCUGCCCCUUUUCUCUUCUCAUCAGUGACUAGUUAUUAUUAUAUAGUUUAUUGCAACCCGGUAAGUUUAAAAUUUUACGUGGAAGUGUGAUUUUGACUGAAUAAAUCUUGAACCUACAUUUUGGAAGAAUUUGUUUCGUGCAAUCCUUAUUUGCCAAAACUCAAUAUAGAAUAAGGUCGUUUAAUAUAAUUAUAAAAUUUUACUUUGAGCCAAGUUUGUGUUAUUAUAGUUUGAAUGAUUCGGUUAAGGUGUAUAUAAACUGUAAACAUUUGGGUUAAUUACGAAGAUUAAAUGAAGUUAAAGAAAGAUUUUGAAAUGUUUAUGAUAUAGAACUGGAUAGGACCUCCUAGAAAUGAGAGUGCUAAGACAGAGUGGGUUCUUGUUGAUGACAAAAAACACACUACAAAGUACAAACACAAUAUAGAUUUAUAUCAUAAAGUUCUGUCAAUUUUAUUGAAAUUCAAGUAUAGAGUAAACACUAGUUGGUGGCAAUGGAAGAACUAAAGAAUGUCAUUAAACCAAUUUGAUCAAGACGAUGAAAAGAUCUGAUCAGCCUUGUGGCCUGCAAAGAUCCCCUCUAUGAUAUAAUGUUUGUCCUUGAGGCCUCGUGUGAUCGACUACUGACAGGGUGUCAAGCAAACAUUCUUGUCUCUAAUCAAGCAUUUUAACAAUGGACAUGUUCGUCUCUAUAAAUUUGUUGUUUGUCUAGAAAUCUUUGUUAUUAUGAUUAUGAUUAUGUUCUGCAGGGUAAAAGUUAUUGCUUCAAACAAGUGCUCAAGGCAAUGACAUUGCCUGUUGGUGGCAUAAGAUUCUUCCUCAUUUUUGAAGCCUCCGACUUUCCAUUAGUAUUGUUGUUAGUGACCAUGUUGGUACGGGUGCUUUCCAGCCCAAAGUUCUCUUAAAGAUUCCAGACCCAAGUAAUGAAACCUACUGUCAGGAAAAGUUUCCAUUAGUAUUGUUGUUAGUGAGCGUAUGUGUCUGUCUUUUUAAUUGAUGCUAUCCAGAGUGUCCCCGAUAUUGAAUUAUGUAUUUGGUUUUCUAUGGUAUUUAUGGAUAUUGACACUUUCUUC